AUGUCUGAAUCAAAUAAUGGCAGCUUUGCAAAGCACAAGCGUGCCAAUAAUGAAGAGGUAGGAAACACUACAAACAAUGCUGCCCCAAAAACUCCACCACUCGAUGCCAACGAUCAAGAUCCAAUUUCACCCACAUCGCUUUAUCAUAGCAAUGGCCCAAGCACGGAAACUGUGCAAAGGAACUUGUACUCGCGCUCAUACUCAGCUCCAAACACGCCUCAAUUCCACCACCAGUCACAUGCGUAUUCUAGCAAUGCAAUGCAAGACGCAAGACGAAAUAGCCUAAAUGAAAAUUUACUAGACAAUAACAACUUUACAAAAUUCAAAAAGUCUAUAUUGUUACCAGCAGCUAAGUGGGCCUAUUCACCAAUUACAAAGAUCCAAAGAAAGUCAAAGUAUGAAACAAAGGAGCCAGAUGAAUACAGGAUUGAGUACUCGGUUUUCCAAUCUCUUGAAGGAACGACCACUUUAGUUACUCAAGAGGACAUUUCCAAUCAUUUUCAAAGCCUGCGUCGCGACUCGGGGGAACUUGCGCAACUCCCGGAAAACUACAUCACUGAGUUUGAUUUCGAAGCUUUGAUCAAUCAAUUGAAGGAUGUAAUUGAAGAAGAUCAUGUUUAUCCUGAACGUAUUUUGACAGGCUCAUCAGGUAGCUACUUUGUGUUUGGGAACAUCGAGUCAACGCUGUUAUAUGAAAAGGUUGGAGUUUUUAAACCCAAAAGUGAAGAGCCAUAUGGUCCUUUACUGCCUAAAUGGACCAAAUGGCUACACCGCACAUUCUUCCCUUGCUGUUUUGGUCGAAGUUGUCUUAUCCCCAAUCUAGGGUACAUCAGUGAAGCUGCUGCAUGUGUCCUUGAUUGUCAAUUGCAGUCAUACAUUGUGCCGUACACGGCGGUGAUUCGCUUGCGAGCGCCUACUUUUUAUUAUCAAUUUUGGGAUAAGUCAAAUGAUGUCACCAAAUUACUGUACAAGAUAGGUUCAUUUCAAAUGUUUUUGCACGGAUAUGUGAAUGCUGACUCAUUUUUCAAAAUGUAUCCAAUACCAACACUUGAGCAUCUAUUGCCUAAAUCGCUGGAUACCGAAAUAGGCAUCGACAGUGAUGUAGAUAGUUGCAAGUUUCUGUGGAGUCGUGGCUCGAUGAGUCAAUUUCGAGAAGAGUUGGAAAAAAUGGUCAUUUUGGAUUACAUUAUGAGAAACACUGAUAGAGGGAUGGAUAACUGGAUGAUCAAAUUGGAAUGGCAUGAAGUGCGUCGACUAGAGAGUAGCAAAACGAUGCGCCCAUAUUUGAAGAUUGGAGCAAUAGAUUCAGGUUUGGCUUUUCCAUGGAAACAUCCUAAUGAAUGGAGAUCAUUCCCAUUUGGAUGGCUAUUUCUCCCUUUAUCUUUAAUUGGACAGCCGUUCAGUAAGAGGACAAGACAACAUUAUCUACCAUUGCUUACUUCUAAAUUAUGGUGGGAAACAACCGUGGUCAAGCUAAAGAAUGUGUUUAUGAAGGAUGCUGAUUUUAAGGACCGUUUAUGGAACAAACAAUUGGCUGUUUUGAAAGGGCAAGCAUUCAAUGUAGUGGAAACUUUAAAGUUAAACUUUGCUGGGCCCUUGGAGUUGACACGAUGUCAAAAUUUGUUGGUGUUUGAUGAUUUAAUGUAUAUGCCCAGGCAUGAGCUGGGAGAACGGAGGCGGAGCUUGCCAUUGAUGCUCUCAUCUUGCUAUGAGUCUGAUGUCAGAAAUGGACACCGAUAUUUGUCCCAGUUGAGUGAAGUGCUGUCGGAAGACGUAAAUAAUGGUGAGGAUGAGUAUACGCCAUUGCUUGCUCCAUUGAACACGAAUGGAAGUGGAAACAAUCUGCAAAUACUAUCUUUCCCGCUGCAAACGGACGAGAGCACACCUCCACCAUAUGAAUCAGGAUACUCGCGGAUUAAUCGAACUGUUGAGACAUCUCCUGCAAAAGGCGCAAAGGUUGUUAUCGAACGAUUGGUUAGAGAGGACUCAAGGCCUCCCGUCUUUACGUGGUGUUGA